CUAACCGAUUCACCGUGCGGACAUGAAAAAAACCAAGUGAUCCAUAUAUUAUUUCCGAACUGUCGCACCGAUCAAAAUCAUGAAUCUCUAAUAGAGUGGAUCUGGAUCUAAUAAACAAAUAAUAGAAAUAGGAAUUCUCUUCGGCGUGGCUAAUGAAGUGUUACGGUACUGCGAAGAAGAAAGACAUUGCCGCCAGUUUUAGUGUGCCAGUUCCCGAAAGCGGGUCGCAUAAUGAAAUUGCUUGGCUUGUUGGUGUCGCUUCUGGUGUUUCUUCGGUGCUGCUGCCAUGCUAGGUUCACUUUGCCCUACGUGCCCGAUGUCGUUCGUCCUCCGGUGCCAGAAACAGUCAGCAAUGAAACCGGAACAGAAACAGAAGAUGAGCCAAUGGACCCAGAAGUAUCUCCAGGAUUAUUUCAAGGUGAUAUGGCCUUGAAUAACGAUUUCUACAACUACUGGAGAGUUGGAAUAAGAUUCGAUGUGUUUCCCGAAAAACUUUGGAAAAAUGGAAUUGUGCCGUACAGCAUAAGUCCACUUUAUGAACCCUCGGACCAAGUGACCAUCAUCAAGGCCAUCCGCAGCAUCAACUUCAUGACGUGCAUCAAAUUCGUCCCGUGGGACGGCAUGGCCAAGGACUACCUGCUGGUGUGGCCCAUCAAGUACCCCAGAGGCUGCUGGUCCUUCGUGGGCAGGUACGGCGGCGCCCAGAUCGUCAGCCUGCAGCCGCCCGACCGGCGGGGUCCCAAUUGCCUGGGGGGCGAGGGUAGGGCCAUCCACGAGCUGAUGCACGCCCUUGGCAUUUUCCACGAGCAGUCCAGAUGGGACAGGGACAAGUUCGUGAAGGUGCACUACGACAACAUCAUACCUCAAUAUAAAUCCAAUUUCGAGAAACAGAGCCUGGAAAACACGACCUACAGUUUCGAAUACGACUAUGAUUCCAUAAUGCAUUACGGGAAAUCGUUCUUCAGCAAGAAAAAAGGAAAGCACACCAUAACUCCUAAGCAACCUGGUGUCAAGAUGCUUGGUCAGAGAAAGGGGAUGUCUGUGGGAGAUUGUUUGAAACUCAACGAUUUAUACGGGUGUUUCAAUAAAAGUGCCAAGUCGAGAAGAAAAUAUUAUAUGAUUUGCAAUUUCCUAGGAAUAUAAGAG